AUGAGUUUCCUCAAGAGUAACCAGGAAUUAUACCUACAAUACACAGCUACAGCCCCCAAGCUGCUGGCCAGCAUCUCCAAACUCCUCAUACUCUGUCGGAACGCGGGCAUUUCUAUACCAAAGGGUAUCAGAAACAUCUUCGAAUUCACUUGGGAGGAGCUCAUCACUGAUCCUGCUGUGCCUACCCCUUCCGACAUUGCGGGCCUGGAGGUCAGCUUUGGAUCCCCCCCUGUGGUGGUCGUGGAACCAUCCCCCAUGCAGGUCCAAAUGCUGAAGAAGCCACCACCAGCACUACCACUGCCAGUGCUGUCCUCAGGGCCAGCCAAGUACUCCACCGUCUCUCCCACCCACGCCCAUCAUGGCCAGGAAACUCUGCAUAAAUUUCAGCGACAGUCCAUCCACCUGCUAACGGAGCUCCUCAGCCUGAAGAUGAAGGCCAUGGUGGAAUCUGUAUCUGCAGGUGCCAACCCCCUGGACAUCACCAGGCGCUUUGUGGAGGCCAGCCAGCUCCUCCACGUCAAUGCUAAGGAGAUGGCCUUCGACUGCCUGAUUGGCACAGUUGGGAGAAGUGGCUACAGUCCUGGACAGAUAGGGAAAGAGUCCUCCUUGAACAUCUCUGCCAUGGGAGUGAACUCCCCUUAUCAGCUGAUCUACCAGUCUUCUACAGCCUGCCUGAGCUUUUCCCUCUCAACUGGAAGGGAACCCAGGAAGAAAGCAGGCAAAUCAAAAUUCGCAGAUGAGGCCAGCACACCACCCACCACGCGAGGACCAGGGACCUCUGUGGACAGCAAUGAACUCAGCGACCCCUGCCCCGAGGCCCGGGAGAAGCUGCAGGAGUUGUGUCGCCACAUAGAAGUUGAAAGAAUCACAGGGAAAUGGAAGAAUAGCUCUUGCCCCAUGGUCUUACGCAACUACAAGGCAAAGAUGCCCUCUCAUCUGAUGUUGGUCAACAAAGGCGAAUCUCAUGCAGAGAGAGGAGCUCAGACUUCCGCCUCCACCAUUCACCAGGCUUCCACCCACCAUUUGCACUCCAAUCGGCAAUCUCAAGAGUGGAAGAUGUCCAGGAAGACCUUCAAGUUACACUACACCUUCUUUGAUGGCUCCUCCUUUGUUUACUAUCCCUCUGGAAACAUUGCUAUGUGUCAGAUCCCCACUUGUUGCAGAGGGAGAAACAUCACCUGCCUCUUUAGUGACACAUCUGCUGCCUUCCUGGCCCUGUUCAAUGGUGAAGGCCAAGGCUGUGUUCACUACAACCUAAAGACCUGUUGCCCAUACGUCUUGGUCUUGGAUGAUGAAGGUGGGACCACCAAUGACCAAAAGGGUUAUGUAGUUCAUAAGUGGAACUGGACUUCCAAGACAGAGACUUUGCUCUCCCUGGAAUACAAGGUGAAUGAGCAAAUGAAGCUGAAGGUGCUGGGGCAGGACUCUAUCGUGGUCACCUUCACCUCCUUGAAUGAGACAGUCACAGUGCCUAUAACAGCUAACAACUGUCCCCAUAGAAUGUCACAUGAAAAACGGCUUCCCCGUGGAAUCAGCAGCAUAGAUGAGAAGGUGUCUAAGAUGAGCCGAGCGCUGGCCGAGAUCAAGAAGCGGUUUCAGAAGACAGUGACUCAGUUUAUGAAUUCUGUCUUGCUGGCAUCAGGUCUAUUAACCAUUGAAUAUCCCAUCGGAAAGGAAGAGGCAGAAUCUGGCCGGUUGAAGGUGAAAUCUGGAGCUCCUCCUGAGCGGAUCUCCAAGAUGACUUCAGGAGACAGUCCUUUACGAUCUCAGUCAGCCCGACAGGAGUCCUCACUUACAGAGAUGUUUAAAGAGGAGACUGAGUCUGCUCCUGUGAGCCCCGUACGGAAGAAGGCCAUCAGAAUCCUCACCAAGCCCAGGGUUGUGAUCAGAGGGAAGGCCCCCAAGACGCACAGCCCCACCAGGUGGGCAGCCUCACCCUCCGACUGCCCGCUGGUGCUCCGGAGGCUCGUCCGCAAGGAAGACACCCGGGCCGGCUGCAAGUGCAUAGUGAAGCCACCCCUGGUCUCUGAUGUGGAGCUGGAGCGCUUCCUGAUGGCACCCCGAGACCCCAGCCAAGUGCUGGUGUUUGGGAUAAUCUCAAGCAAGGCCCCCAAUCAAACAGCGCAGCUCCAGUGGCUGCUGGACCUACUCUACAGCCACCGGCAGCAGGGCCGUGCCUCCCCCUGCAUCCAGUGCCAGCAUGACCCCUACCGCCUACUGCGGUAUGACCUGCACAGUCCCCUGCAGGAGGCCCCACCUCUGAUGGUGAAGAAGUUCUCUGUGGUGCAGGGGAUGAUUCUGAUGUUUGCUGGGGGAAAACUCCUCUUUGGGGGCCGUGUUUUGAAUGGCUAUGGCUUCAGCAAGAAGAAUCUGCUGAAACAGAUCUUUCGAGCUCGACAGGAUUGCAAAAUGGGUUACUUCCUGCCAGACAACUACAAAUUCAGCAUGUCAGCCUCCACCCAGAGCCUGGCCAACACUGAACCCAUCAAGGUAGCCACAUCAGAAGACGCCCAAGGAAGCUUCUCUUCGGUGGUCCUGGGAGACAAGGUGGAGAAGGAAUAUUCUCCUGAAGCUGAGAAAGGGAAAGAGCCUGAAGAGGAACAGAUUCCUGUCAACAGAACCAGGAGGGGCAGUAGGAGGAGCAUCAACUGGAAGAGACUAAACACUAAGAAGUGAUACCACCCUGGUGGUCAC